AUGGACGAGGCAGAAAUAAACUUAAAGGAACUAUCACAUAUAAAUAAUAAGAAUGCAGACAAUGAGUACGAAGAGGAACUAAAGACAAAAUCAACAAUUUCAGCAGCGGAAAAUGAUAUACAGAAUGCAGCAAAGCGACAAAAAAGAAAAAGAAAAAGAAACAGGUCCAUUAAAUCUUGUUAUUCAUGUAGGAAAAGAAAAUUAAAAUGUGAUAGAAAAAAACCAAUUUGUAGUUCUUGUAUGGCUAGAAGGUUUAUUGAUUGUGUAUACAUGGAUGUGGAACCCAAUUCUAAAAAUGACCAUGAUAGUAGUGACAAUAUAAAAGGGGGAAAUAUUAAUGGAAAUAAGAAGCAACGGGGAGACGUCGGUGACACUACAAAUGGAAACAAAAAUGGCAAUAAAAACGUAGAUGAAACUGAAAGAAAUAUCAGUAGUGGGUUAAUAAAACAUCACAACAUUCAGGGGCUAGAACCUCAUAAGGUAGCUAACCCAUUAUUACAAAGACAGAUAUUAGCGAUUAAACAAGAGAGGUACAUAUAUUUUGGGUCUACAUCAUUGAGGGCUUCAUUAGAAUUUUCGCCAAAUAGUUUUUUCUCAACUUUUACUUUGAUUUGGAACAACUUUAAGAAAGAAAGGAUUCAGGACAAACAGUUAUCAAAAUAUUCAAUGUUAUCCGAAGUGUUAACAGUAGAAUCUGUUUCCAAAUUAGAUGCCACACUUUUGAGAGAAAUCUGUGAAAUUUUACCACCACUUAGCGAUAUUAAAGAAUGUUUGGUAUUUUUUUUCAAAUCUUUUUAUCAUGAUUUCUAUCAAAUACUUAAUGAAUCAGUGGUUAUGAAUUAUUUGGAUACAAUUUUCGUAAUAGAGGGCGGCGAAAAUGGGAAAAUACUCAAUGUUUAUCCCACAGGAAAGAAAAAUUAUUAUCCAUUUGGUAUAAUAUUAUACAUCUUAUAUUUUACAUAUUAUGACACGAAUAUUGAUACACGAAUAAUGAAAUUUCUAAUAUAUUUGGAAGGCUGUUCAACAGGAAAGACAUUGUGUGUUGAAAGAGCCCAAUUUUUGCUGUUGAAAAUAUUAUAUAGACAUUACAAUGGUUUUAUUGGUGGUGAUUUUUCUCAUUUGGAGAUUUGUACCGGAUCCUUGUGUGACACUGUUAUUGCACUUGGAUUACAUAGAGAUUAUAAAAAAUUGUAUAUUAAUGAACUUGAUAGGUUGGGGGGAGAUUUUAAAAUUUUAGAUAAUAUUUGGAGGUGGACUUUAUACUAUGAUAUAAUAUGUAGUUUUGAAAUUGGCAAACCAUUAAACAUUUCCGCUGACCAUUUCUACGAUCAAUUUUUAUUAGAACCAGAUGAGGAAGAGAAGGUAGGUGAAGAAGAAGAGGGAGAAGAAGAAGAAGAGGAAGAAGGAGAAGAAAAAAAAGAAGAAAAAAAAAGAAAAGAAAGGAAUUUAUUACUGAUAAAAUUUAUUAUUAUAGGAAGGGCAAUGAUAAGAACGGUGAAUCAACCGAUCGGAAUGCCCAAUUUGACUUUACAUAUAAUCAAAUUCCAACAAUUUUUGCAAAAUAAUUUUAAUUCAAUUAACAAUAGAUUACUGGAAAGAAACAAGAAAGAUAGAGAUGACGAUGAUGGAUGUGUUGAUAUUUUCCAAUUUAUAAUAUUAGAGCCUUCAUUAUAUAUGCUAACAUCUCUGAACAUGUUGGAAAUAUCAGUUUUUGAAAAUAAAUUGAUAGAAAUAGAAAAUAAUAUUAUUAAAUAUUGUUUAUGCUGCAUUGAAUCCUUAAGAAUACUAGUUGUAGAAUGUUUAAAAAGAGAGUCUAGUGAACGAAGACCAUCAAUAAUUAAAACACAGCCAUAUAUUAUGCUUUAUUUUUCUAUUAGAGUUCCAUCAGUUACUAGAGUUUUAGUCGAAUAUUAUAAAGUACUAUCUGAAAAAAAUUUUUCUAAAGAGAUUCCGAAAAGCAAGAUGAAGAAAAUAGUUAAUAAUGAUGACAAUAAUCAAAGCUCUGCAAUAAUACCAGAAAACAUUAUGGACGCUGGUAUAAUAAAUUUAAGCACACAGACUCCCGUAGGAUACAAAUACAAGGCAUUUCCCACUAGAGCUUUAUUUGAAUCUAUCUGCGAGAUCAUGGAUUAUUUUAUUUUAGACGAAAACAAAUUAAUAUCCAUAAGUAAAAAGUUUAAUGUGCAUUUUUUGUUGACGAGGAUAAUUCAAAAAAGAACAAAAAACUCUUUUAUUAAUUAUGCCAAAGCAAAUUCGAUCAAAGUUAAAUUUAUUGAUGACUCUGAUAGCACUAGUGCUUCAUCAGGUAACUGUCACAACCGUUUCCUUGGACAGACAUCACCGAUCACAAAAGGUAUAGAUUCUACACUUAGUUAUGUUGCCUAUGAUGACAACGACGCCUUUCUAAAUGAUUUAUUUAAUGCAGAUUUUGAUUCUGAGUUUAAUAAAUUUUUAGAUGCCUUUAAUAUUAAUGGAUUGUUUCCUUAA